AUUAUCAAUCAUUCAAUAUGGCGGCUAUGUAGUGUCGCUAGCAAUGUUGACAACGCCAACGUUUUAUCGUUAUUAUUCGCUUUAGAAAAUGAAAAAUCACACAAUGCUUUCAUCGAAUAACAUUUUCCACUAGGCAGUGUUAACAUCGACAGUUAACAACUGCUUUAGUGGAUGGACAAAACGGAAUGAAGCAUUUUUGGGGUCCCAUCACGUAUCGAAGACCAGUGUUUUGGUUUUGAGCAAACGAGCGCCUCCUGUGCCGCCUCAAGGGUACCGCAGGAGUAAGGAUACAAUCGCUCCUUUGUUUCAGUACGUUGUGUUCGGAAAGUAACUGGGCAUUUUGUAACGAUGGCUGAUACCAGAAGGAGGGUGAAACUCUACAUGCUGAACGAAGAUCGUCAGUGGGACGACCGAGGAACUGGGCAUGUUUCUUCAGCUUAUGUGGAGAGGUUACGAGGGAUGUCUCUCUUGGUCCGGUCAGAGACUGAUGGCUCAAUAUUGUUGGAAUCAAAGAUACAGCAGGACACAGCGUACCAAAAACAGCAGGAAACCCUGAUUGUGUGGUCUGAGGCUGACAACUAUGAUUUGGCCCUGAGCUUUCAAGAAAAAGCUGGUUGUGAUGAAAUAUGGGAAAAAAUUUGCACAGUGCAAGGUAAAGAUCCAAGCGUUGACAUAACUCAAGAUGUAGUGGAAGAAUCUGAGGAUGAAAGGUUUGAUGACAUGCCUGAUGCUGCCCCACCCAUUGAGUUGCCUCCAUGUGAAUCCAGCAGAUUAGAAGAAAUUGCAGAGUUGUUUUCCUCGGUGUUGCCAUCUCCAAUUCGUCGGGAGAAACUAGCAGUUGCCAUAGAGGCUGAGGGAUACAUUCGGAAACUGGUGGACCUUUUUCAUAUGUGUGAGGACUUGGAAAAUGUGGACGGCCUGCAUCAUUUGUAUGAAAUUUUUAAGAACAUAUUUCUUCUGAAUAAGAAUGCAUUGUUUGAGAUCAUGUUCUCGGAUGAUAUUAUAUUUGAUGUCAUUGGUAUCUUGGAGUAUGACCCCACCUCACCAGUGCCAGUCAAACACAGAGAGUACCUGCGCAACACGGCCAAGUUCAAAGAGGUUGUACCCAUGACCAAUUCAGAGUUGGAAACGAAAAUUCAUCAGACCUAUCGAGUACAGUACAUCCAAGACGUAAUCCUACCCACACCAUCUGUGUUUGAAGAAAAUUUGUUGUCUUCGCUCACGUCCUUCAUUUUCUUUAACAAAGUGGAAAUUGUCAGUAUGAUACAGGAUGAUGUAAAGUUUUUAACCACGCUCUUCACCCAAUUGACGGGGGAAGAAACAGAUGAUAAUCAUCGCAGGGAUCUCGUGUUAUUCCUCAAAGAGUUCUGUACAUUUUCACAAACAUUGCAACAGCCAAAUAGAGAGUCGUUUUUCAAGACAUUAUCGAAUCUGGGAAUACUGACAUCAAUAGAAAUCAUUCUGGGUACUGAUGAUGAGAAAAUGAAGAAUGCUGCCAUUGACAUAUUUUCCUUCAUUGUUGAAUUCAGUCCGUCCAUGGUGCGAGAGUUCAUUCUCAAUGAGAGCAUUAGUGUGGAUGAUGAGGAUCUUCUGAUCAACUUAGUCAUUGAGCAGAUGAUCAAUGACUCGGAUCCAGAGCUGGGCGGAGCUGUUCAAUUGAUAGGCAUCUUGAGGCUUCUUCUAGAUCCGGAAAACAUGUUAGCAACUGCCAGUAAAACUGAAAAAUCAGAAUUCCUUAGCUUUUUCUACAAGCACAGUAUGCAUGUGUUGACAGCGCCACUGUUUGCAAACACUGCAGACAACAAACCAAGCAGAGAUGACUACCAGAGUGCCCAGUUGCUGGGGCUCAUACUGGAGCUGUUGACGUUCUGCGUGGAGCAUCAUACCUACCACAUAAAGAACUACGUCAUCAAUAAGGAUGUGUUGCGGCGAGUGCUGGUCUUAUUGAAGUCUCGGCACUCCUUCCUUGUACUUUGUGCCUUAAGGUUUUGUCGGAAAAUUGUCGGAUUGAAAGAAGAUUUCUACAAUCGUUACAUCAUCAAUGAGAACUUGUUUCGGCCCAUCGUUGAUGCUUUCCUGGCAAACGGUGAUAGGUAUAACCUGAUCAAUUCUGCCAUGAUUGAACUCUUUGAGUUCAUCACAUCGGAGGACAUCAAAUUAUUGAGAACCUACAUCGUUGAAACUUUCCAGAAGGAGUUAGAGGGAAUCAAAUAUGUCAAAACAUUCGAAACUUUGAAACUGAGAUACGAACAGCAGAGAGAAAAGAACAGAGACAAACAUCCGUUCGAAAGCCAUGCAGCUUCAAUAGUGCGCAACAAUCGCUUCCGUCGAGAUGCAAGAGCCCCUGAUGAGGAUGAGGAAAUGUGGUUCAGUCAAGACGACGAGAAUGAAGACAAUGACAGUGCUCCUCAGGUAUCAGAGCUCUUGAAGAGCAAGAUGGAGUCCGACCUGGAUCACAUACACAAGCUGUGGGAGAAUAAAAAAGCAAAAGAAAACCAGUCAGAAGACAGCCCGCCGCGGCUCCUGACUGGCACCAAGUCCUCCAUCAACAUCAGCAUCAAGACUGGCAGCAAUUCUUCCCUCUCCUCCCUGCUGAGCAUGCCCGACUCCCCAGGAUCCCCUGGCUCCCCGCCCAUUUUGGGCUCCCCCGAGUCUCCCAGCAGCCCCCCGAGCUCAUCCCCACACUCCCCGGGCCGCCUGGCCCCGACCCCGCACACCUCCCCCAACAGCAACAGCAACAACCUGACGGUGGUGGCCGGCAGCAAGGCCGCCUCGGGGGCCAACAACAGCACUGCGGCGGACGCUGGAGCAGCAGCAGCAGCAAGCAAUACAGAGGCGGCCACCGGGGGAAACGGCAGCGCGGUCAUGGGGGGCACUGUCAGCACCACCAUGACGGGCGGCGCGGCCUCGAGAGUCGCGGCCACAGUGGACGCAGUGACCUCGUCUGUGACCAAUGUCGUCACCACUAAAACGCCUGGUCUAAAAGGAUUAGUGGACUAUCCAGAUGAAGAUUCAGAAGAAGAAGAAAUGGAGGAAGAGGAAGAUGUGAUAGCACCAUCUCCGAAGCGGCCAAGAGUGGGGACAUAACAGAAGCUUAUGAGGCUCCAUGCUCACGGUUCAUCCCUCAUACCUCCAUCAAAAUUUUAUCCUUCACAAAAGCCAUGUUUUAGGAUGGCGGGCCGAGGUAUAUGAUCUUGACCUCCUCCUACUCCCACAUACACCCCCUCCCUCCCCCCUGCCUCGCCCCUCCUCCCAACAUGGUCACACACUGACCUUCCCAUUGUGCAGACUGCUAGUGAUAUCUCACUGUCUUUGAGUGUGGACUUGUGUGUUUGAAGGCAGUUUACGACCUCACCAAGCAUCGUGUGUGAGAGGGAAGGGAUGAUUGUCUAGGUUUAAAUGUUGUGUCUCUGGAGCAGUCAAAAUGAUGACCAUCUCACGGAAAAUUACUUUGACGAACUUUGAAAAGGUAUCCUGUAAUGUCUUAGGAGAUUUAAAAGAAAAGACCUAAUGGCCUUGAUGAUCGGUUGAACACAGAGUUGGUGGCAGCUCACAGCUACGCUAACGAGUCACUACACAAACUGAGAUUGCCGGUGUUGAACAUUUCGUCUCCGAUCUUCGCUAAGGGAAUGAGCCAUCCAGCACCAUGUGCCUCAUUUUGACUGCCCAUCGGACAGAUGUUAUAGCCAUCAUUGUUUCCAUUAAUGACGAUCUUCAGUACCUUCUUGCAAUUUUGCAGUCUACGUAGUCAGGAGGUAGGGUGGGUGGGGGGGAUAGUUCGAAUGCAAGAGGAAUGCAAUGGUCAAAGGAUGUGAAAGUCAGUGCUGUACUUCACUGUUGAACAUUUCUAAUCAGUUGAUUUGUGAGGUUCAAGUUUAUUCGCCAGUUUUAAAAAAUCUACAGUGGGUGCGAGUGGAAAGUAUGUUGCUGUAUACUGAGACUGAGUUUAAUGUUGCAACCCCAAGAUUGUGUAAGAAUUAUCUUCCAGAGUACAGUUCCUUAAGACGUUUUGUUGGAUAGUGUUCUGUUCUGUUGCUUGUUUAUGAUUGACGUGAGCGGCAUGUUCAUUUGUUUGGGAAUGGGUUUGGGGGUGUUUUUGUACGAAAGUUACCUUGUAAAUAUGUCAUAAUACUGCAGAGAAUGGACAGAUUCAGGGAUUAUUAUAUUUCAUAAUAAGUUUGUGGUCAUUCUGUCAGGUCCUCGUGCUUGUGCUAGUGGUACCCGUGUAUGGUUGCUGCUGUUCCUCUCAGUUUGUCAUGAUUUUGCCCUCCUCGUUUGUCUGUUCUCAAGUAACUGGACAUGAGCACACGCAUCUCAUUUGUCUAUAUCUUUUCCCUGUGCAGUUGUGUGCUUCAAACAGUGAAGUCUGCAAGUAAUGAGUAAGCCUUGUAUUGUAGAAAGUGAGUUUGCUAUGUAAAGCUGGCCGAAUGUCAAUGUGCCACAAAAGUAACCAAGAGAUCGUGUACAUUCUAAUGAUUGGCUGCACACAGAAAUAUCACCUUGUACAUUUGAUGAGAAAAGACUCUUAUGGAGUUUUUGGUCAUAAAGUGUUGAUUGAUUUUUACAAUUUUUCAUAAGCAUUGCCUCUUUUUGAUUGUCUUUGUUUCAAUUUGUUAUGAGACGUGUUUUGAUUGAAAGGGAACAGGUGUUUUCACCUUACUUUCAUAUCUGCGCUAGCUGAAGCGUAGUUAUGUGAACUGGUUGAUGCACUUUGGCACACGCUUCAUCUUUUGUCUUGCGGUUUUUUGAAAGAAGCAAAGAAUACAUUAUAUGGAAAGAGUGAGAGAGGAGAAAUGUAUGCUCUUGUUUGUCUUGACAAGAUCCUUCCCCCUCCCACCCACCCUGUGGCUCACAAAUUGUGUUGUUUGUGUGUCGGGUGGUGUAGACCUAGGCAGGAGAACACAACAGCUAGGACAUAGACAUGCUAAUCGUUUUGGAUUCAGUUCUGAUUCUUUUGCCUUUUAGCAUGAUUUGAAGAAAGCGUUUUUUGUUUUUUUUGGUGAAAUCUCGAAUGCUGAUAUGUAGGAAUGAAAGCAAGAAAUUAUUUGAUUACUUUUUUUCUCCACCGCAGCAGAUGCUGGGGCAUGGGGCAACACCAUCUGCUCUGUAACUGUCCCAUCUUAACUACUAAUUGUAUAGCGAUUAUUUUACCAAUCUUUUUUUUGUGAAAAUCAAAAUGGCCCAAGAACGGUCUUCUUGGGGAAAGAGAUUUACCUCGGUUUAUCAUGGGACACAGUGGCACACAGCCACCUGGACGAGAUGUCUUGAACAAUGGAAGUAUCUAAAAAAGAUUGAUGUUAAAAGCCCGUCUAAAGGGUUUGUUUCAGUUUCUCAUUUUGUUGAUAAGGAGUCUUGUUCGGACCGCUAGUCUUUUUCACUUACUGGGUAUUAUAUACCAAUGACCUGAGUUACAUUUGUUUCUCAGUUUUAGGAACUGUGAAGGUCAUCGGUUAGAGGAUUUCAGAAAAAGGGAAAGAAACUGAUCUGUAGGUUUUAUUGAUGUUGGAAGUCAUCGUCUCUUUUUGUAUGUCUCAUUAUUCUAAAGAGUUAUUAUGAACGUCAAUGGUUCUAUGGUUUAUUUUAAGUGAGAAGUUAUUUGGAGUCUUGGAGACAUAUUAUGUUAGAUGUGUCAAGAUAAGUUCCAUCUGUAGAUGACAGGCAUUGCUCAAUGAAAGACAGUCUUUGUUCUGUAACAACUCUUAGUCUUGGUACAAGAUUAUCGGGGAAGAAAACUAAUGUUUAGGAGUUUUGUCUUUGUCAUUUUGCUGCAAUUUCCAGAAUUUGAAAACUUAGAUAGUUUUCACAUGUCAAAGUUGUUAAAUUUGACAGGUUGAAUUCACAGGGAGGCACAGAAAAGAGGAGAUUGUUUGGCUUUUUCGAUACGCAGCCUUGUUGUUGGGUUUGAUUGUUUGCUCUGUAUAACCAUGUCUGUGAGGGGAAACGACUGAGAUGGUUAACCAGAGGAUCGUCAUCUCUCAAGGGACUUAGUCUGAAAGUGAUGGAGCCUUUCACUGGAAAGACACAAGAUUACAAAGUAUCACUUCUUUACUUUGUUGAGUUAAAAAAGGAGAAUAAUUAUUGGCCGAAACUUUGUGCCAUUAUAGUGUUACAUUUUGUGCCUUGUUUGUCAUCUGCAGGUUUGCUAGAAAAUUGUAUGCAGUCAAGAAUCUGCUGGUAGCAUGCCUAGAUAAAUAAUUAUUGACCAGUUGAGGGAAAAAUGUACUUGUAUCAGAGUACAGUAACAAGGGUACUAGUUGUCCUGUUUUGUAAGUGUAGAGUCUAUAUAUAUGUUACUUGAAGGUGUACUUUUUAGUAGUGCUAGUAUUACUCUGAAGAUCUGUCUCCCUGAUUUUUGGAGCAAAGUCAAUGAGGUGAAUUUCGAUAUAAGCUUAUUUUACAUCGCAGUCCUACCAACGAAAAAAAAUCUUGAUUAUGUCAUUUUGUUUUUAACACUGGGAAGUUUAGCUCUGUAGGUGUUCUCAGGUGACCAAAGGCAUUGUUUUUAUUUAUUUAUUAAAUUAUUUUUUUUGGUAAACCAAAUCAUAGUUUUUUUUUCAUUUAGAGGUGCUGUGUUGCAAUUUGUAGGUGCAUCUAAAAAAAAGUAGCAAACUUUGUGGAUGGUUGUAAGCAAUUGUUAUGUUGAGUUGGGCAUUGUAUAAAAAAUAUUUUUUUAUAUACUGAUUAUGUCAAAGAGUUGUUUUUUUAAUAGUUUUUUUUAAAAAAGGAUUGUACAUGAUAAAGUAGACGGACAAAUUUAUAAAAGAACUUUGUCCAACUAGAAAAGAAAUUGAAGGCACAAUGUGUAAUUUUUUCCCUUUUUUCUCACAUCUUUAUCUUGAAAGUUAUUCAGUAUUUUUGUAAAAUAUGAUGGAAUGGCAAGAUUCCAGAGAGAAACCUAAAGAGUGUGUUGUGGGGGUCAUUGUUUAUGAACGAGAGUGGGGCGGUCAUAGAUCUCAAGUGUAACGACAGUGAAAGAGGAGUCAGUGGGGAAAGUCAAAGUUUUUUGUACCAGUUUAACCCUAUCCGUACGCCCUGGGGUCAUUUUCUUCACAUUUUAGAAUACUUCUAGUAUGAAGAUCUCUUUGAAACUUUUGGUAUUUAUCUAAAAAUCAUUUUGACAGACUGCUAUGCAAAACGUACGGAUCGGAUUGAGUAAAUUUUCUCUGUUGAAAGUGGUGGCACAGAGUUCCCAAUGUCAUAUGGAUUCAAUAGUAAAACACGACGUAUGGAUAGGGUUAAAGUAAAGGAUAGUGUUGUGGCAUAGUGGAAUCAGGUGCUCGUCAAGUUAUUAAUGUCAUCUUAAACCUUCUUAAAAUAACUAUGUGUCUUGAAUUGAAGUUGAGAUAUUUAUGAUUCAAGGAUGUAGGGUUGCCUAAUGUCAAGAGAUAAAAAUUGAUGAAAAAAGUGACUGCCAAAGUUUGGUCACUUACAAAGUUUGAGUGUCCUUGGAAACAAAAAAUUUACUUUUUUUUUUGGGUGCCGUUCAUAAAAACCGGAGAAAAAUUGCAGAAAGGGCGGAAAGUCGAGUCUCUUUGAUUCCUUUAUUUUGGUGAGCGUCUGAUUUCACUAUGAUGCCUCACAAAACUUGGAAUGAUCUGGUGCCCUUCUUCUUAUCACCAGUUUCUGAAGGAAAACUCCUGCACAACAGUAGUUCAAUAUACGAGACGGAAAUUGCUUUGUAAAUUGAAAAUUCUUGCACCUUCAGAAACCUUGUUGUUGGCAUCUAUCCUGACCUAUUUAUUGUUGGUUGUAUUAUUGUUUGAAUUUUUACAAUUCUAGAACCAAAUUCUCGAGUUUCUUGUCGCUGUGGGUUUUUUCCUCUCUGUUUUUUCUUGAGCGUUUUAUACAUUCGCAUUGCCGUUUUUGUGCGUUGACAAUGUCUAAUGUGUUCAAGCCAGGUCUCUGCUACUGCUGCUAAAUCCCCAACAAUGGGAUGGAAAAGAAAAGUUUCUAUUUUUAGAAAAGAACUCCCCGUGUGCAUGUAUGUGAGCCACUUGUUCGGGUUAUGUUGAGAGCUUGCAUAUAUUGUUACUGUUCAGUUAUUGUCUGUGAAAAUGUAUGAUGAGUUCAUGUAUUAUAUUCUCAUUCAUGCUUACAAAAAAAAAAAGCUAUGGGUAGGGGGGGGGGGGGAGGGGGAAACAAUCAUCUUCACCAGCUGUUUCAUUGCAGGCGAGAGGAUAUCAUUUGUGCUUGUUGACUAUGGUUUGUUUAUUACUGUGCACGUGUAUGGGUUAGGGUGCGCGUGCGUGUCUGUGUAUGUGUUUGAGAGAGUGUGUGUGCGUGCAUGUGUGUACGUGUGUGUGUGUGUGUGUUUUGAUUGGUUGGCAGCCUGACAGAGUGAGUGGGAGUGUGAUGUUGGAGGGGUUUGUCUGCUUCUGGAUCAAACUCUCUCAACCUGUGAAACUGGCUGGGAAAAAAAUCACGUGUGUUUUAAAAGAGUCCAUUGUGUAAAAAGAUCUGUUGUAAUAAAUCGUCUUUUAUGAACUGA